UAAUUUUUGCUAUCAUUGUCACUUUUUUCUUGGAUAUGCCAAUUUCGGGUGGAACAUCUUGCUAUGUGUGCGAGGAAACCACGUCGCAACAGACCUGUAAAUCUGGGGUGAAACUUCUACAAAAUAGAAUGAAAGGAGGACUCUUUAUCCGAAACUGCACUGCCAGCAGAUAUUGCAAGGUUGAAGCUAUAAUGAACGCAGGAGGUGCCACUGUAAGCUUUAUACGUGGUUGUACAAAUGGUGAAUACUCCGGUCAAAAUGUCUCUAUACUGGCGAAAACGGUGCUUCCAAACAACCAGACUCAGUGCGCAUAUGAUCACCUCUCCGGACUUACGUUUUGUAUUGCACUUUGCCAUACUAACUACUGCAAUGGUCCCCAAAUAAGAGAUACAUCAGGAGGAACAAUUCCACAUGAAGUGUUUUCACUGUGUAUUACAGUCUUUGUUCUGGUGAUGGUCGUCGUUCCUAAGUACCGGUGAAAUGGUGGUGCCGGAUGGAGUUUCUCUUCUUCACACACUCAAGAACAGUGCACAAGGAACAAUAAUGAUCUUGAAUUAACUGAUACUCAUCUCAGAGUUGAAUGAUUCAGCAUCAGAAGAUAAGACAUAUAUUUUUAUAUUAUGUGUGAGGAAUACAUGUAGGUUUUAAUA